AUGGUCGACACAAGCAACCUCACCACAGCAGACCUCCUCCCACCCCAGCCAAGCAUGUUCACAGAAACCUCCAUGCACAUGCUCAUUGUAGCAUUAGCGCUCUUCCUCCCCAUCAUAACAGCCUUUUACAUCCACAAAGACUACUGCGCCUUCCUCUCCCUCGGCCCCGGCGGCACUCCAGCAACACCCCUAGGCUACCUAAAAAUUAAAUUCCUCUCCCUAAUCUGCCUACGCGACCCCCUCCGCCCCAUCGGCAUACCACCGCACUUCCGGCCGCAAAAGGGUUACUUCGCCGAUGGCGACGCGUUGCCGUCUCGUAAAGGAUCGAAACCGUUGGUCCAGGGUAUCGCGCCGCAAAGACAGCAGACGCAAAAGAGUAGCGAGGGCAUCUACAGGUGUCUAGUACAGAAGAUCAAGGCUCUUGCGAGCGAUCCCCGGAAUCGGUUGAUGGAACGAACGAGUUGUUUUGAAAAGCAUAGUUCGGGCUUGUUUACCAGCGUGCCCAUUACUAGGACGUGUGGAGGAGAAAUUUGUCAUGCGCACCCAAGUGAUGGGUCGAUGCAUAUGACGUUGCACCCUGCGGAUGCCAAUCUCAUGAUUGAGAGGGGGUGGGGGGAGAGACAUCCGUUGGCGAGGGGAGGGUGGUGUAGGAAGUUUGUUCCGAGAGAGUUUAUGCUGGUUUACGCACCGAGGGAUGAGGAGGAGGUGGAAGUUGUUGCUAAGAUCAUUGCGGCAGGGAUUUGGUGGGUUAGCGGUGUCGAUGUCAAUGGGGAUGAAGAGGGUCCGAGGAGGAGGAGCGCGGAUGUUGCGGCUAUUGGCAAGGAGAUGGAAGACAAUGAGUGCUGGGCUUGUGGGGUGAAUGGCUAUGGAGGAAAUCAGGUGGAGAAGAUGACGAGCGAUGCGUGA